AUGGCGGCGUCGGAUAACUUGGCAGCGAUGGAGCCGUGGGUGUACAGGCCGACGACGACGUUCGCGGACUCGUGGAUCUCGGAGGCGUUUACGAGGGACAGUAAGGCGCUGACCAUGGCGCUGCAGAAGUCGUUGUCGGAAAACAAGAGCUCGGACUCUGCGGAUUCCGAGUUCUUGCCGUUUUUCGAUACUUUCCAGGCGGCGACGCCGACCGUUUCGGGGGUGUCGGGGUCGGAUCCGGAGACUUCGGUGGCGGCGCCGACGAAGCGGCAGCGGAACGCGGUUCCGGUUUCCGGGGGAAAGGUGGCGAAACGGAAGUCGCGGGCGUCGAAGCGGACGCAGACGACGUUCAUCACGGCGGACCCGGCGAACUUCCGGCAGAUGGUGCAGCAGGUGACGGGAGUGAGGUUCAGUGGGCAGCAGUUCUCUGGUUCUUCGUUGGGGUCGACGAUUGUGAAGCCGGAGCCGCAGAGACCCGGCAGCGGCGGGGUAGCCGGGGCUCGGUUACCGACGCUUGACACGUCGGCGUUUCUGUUUGACCGGCAUCAGCAGCAGCAGAGGCAGCAGUACCAACAGCAGCAGGUGGUAGGGCCCGCGGUGGCGACGGGAGGAGGAGUGGGGCCAAUGUGUUAUGGGGCCCGGAGGGUUGAGGUGGCUGAGGGUGGUAGCGUCUCUGGCGGGGGAUUGGGGUUUGACUCCUAUUCGAGCUUGAGCUUUCCCACUUUGGAGUCGUGGAAGGUGAUGUAG